AAAAACCUCUCUCUCUCCUCUCUCUCUCUCUCUCUCUCACACACACACACACUUGCUCGCGCUUUCUCUGUUCUUGCUUCCUCUCACGGUUCACGCAGAACGAACAAACUAGCGAUGGCGAGUCUUUGGCGAGCCGCGAUAGGUGCAGGGCAGACGGUGGAGGACUACGGUGGUGUCGAAUUCUGGUCAGAACCAGAGCGCACCGGAUGGCUUACGAAGCAGGGAGAGUACAUUAAGACAUGGCGUCGACGUUGGUUCGUAUUGAAGCAAGGUAAGCUCUUCUGGUUCAAAGACUCUUACGUUACUCGUGCUUCCAAGCCUCGUGGUGUCAUCCCUGUAAGCAAUUGCCUCACUGUCAAGGGCGCCGAAGAUGUCCUCAAUAAGAAGUUCGCUUUCGAGCUUUCCACCAGUCGAGAAACUAUGUACUUUAUUGCUGAUUCUGAGAAGGAGAAGGAGGAAUGGAUCAACUCUAUUGGACGUUCUAUCGUUCAGCACUCCAGAUCUGUUACCGAUAAUGAAGUCGUCGAUUACGAUAGCAAGCGGUGAGGAUAAUCAUCCAAAAAAAAAUUAAUUAUUAAAUAAAAGAUCAUCAUUUUCGUCUGUGUUUGAUGGUUUUGUACACUAUAGGUGCGCCUUCAUCUUGUUCCUGAUCAUGUCUCGUAAUGUUCAUUCGAACUUUUGCUAUUAUUUGUAUAUUUAAUCUUGAACCUUUUUUUUUUUCGUGUUUUAAUUGCUGUAAGAGGAUGAAUUGUUAAUUUCGAAUUUCCGAUGUACAGAAACUAAGCUUUAUUUUUCUUGUUCUUCA